AUGACUGCUUCGGUGCCCGGCAAUCAAAGUGGAGUGGAUGUUUUACCCCAGCGCCCAGAGCUGACCCCGUGCCUCGCUUGUGGGCUCUUACAGGCAAUAGCUUGCUUGAUGGACAUGAACGCCUUGCUGGACAGAUUUCACAAUUACAUCCUACCGCACCUCCGAGGGGAGGACCGAGUUUGUCACUGCAACUGUGGAAGGCACCACGUGCACUACGUGAUCCCCUACGACGGGGACCAGUCGGUGGUGGACUCCUCGGAGAAUUACUUUGUGACCGACAAUGUGACCAAGCAGGAGAUCGACCUCAUGCUGGGGCUGCUGCUGGGCUUCUGCAUCAGCUGGUUCCUGGUGUGGAUGGACGGCGUCCUGCACUACGCCGUGCGCGCCUGGCGCGCCAGCCGCCGAUACGACACGCCCUGGUGGUGGAUCCCCAGGCUGUGUAAGCUGAAGGAGCUGCGCAAGCGCCACCCUCGGCAGUACGAGGAGCCCACGGGGAACAUGGUGCACAUCAAACAGAAGCUCUACCACAACGGGCACCCCAGCCCGCGGCACCUGUGAGGGACUGCAGCGCCUCCGAGCCACAGCCGGGACUCCUCUUCCUCACGGGACAGCCCCUGCUCUGCUCCCGGGCCAGCUGGGGACACGGAUUGUCGCGAUUUUGUCGGGAUGGCCGCGGGUGGACGCGCAGCCAUGCACAACCAGAGCCGGGGCUGGGCGCUCUGCAGCCGAGGCUUUGCACUGUGUUCCACAUUUUAUUGUCAGACUGGUGUAAAUAUGUAAAAAAAAAAAAGAAAAAAAAGCAGACAAACAACAACAACAACAACAACAACAAAAGAUUUGCAUUAUAAUUUCAACCCUCAUCUCAUUUUCCUGGCUGUCCUGCACAUCCUGCUGGGAAUGGUGGCCGAGGGGAUGGAGGUGGGACAGCAGCGAGAAGAUGCAAAGUGUCUCCUCCAGGAGCUCCAGCCCCACAAAAUUUCUUUGCUCCUUUGGCUGCUCUGACCCUCCCGUGGCUACAAGGGCCUGGCUGGUCACAGGUUUGGAUGGGGGAAGGCACAGAGUCCCCUUUUUGGGGUUUUUGGGGUUUUUUU